AUGGCAUCAAGAACCUCAACUGUUGUAAUGGCUCCCCCAUCGGAGGAGAAGCAUGACGUUGGAUUUUUAGUUUUUGACCCAAAGAAGAUGGCAAAACAAGAGCUUCCCAAACAGUUCAUUUGGCCAAAUGAAGAUUUAGUUGAGGCCAAGGAAGAGCUUAAUGAACCCUUGGUAGACAUGGAGGGAUUCUUGAAAGGUGAUGAGGUUGCCACUGCCCAUGCUGCCGAGCUUGUUCGACAAGCUUGCGUAACCCACGGCUUCUUCCAAGUUAUCAACCAUGGGGUUAACCCAGAUAUUCUCCAUGCUACAGAGGUUGGAUUGGAUCCUUACUUCAAUCUACCCAUGAGCAGGAAGCUCAGCAUGCAUAAGAAGGUUGAUGAGUUAUGCGGAUACUGUGGUGCCCAUUCUGAUCGGUUUGCAGCUAAGUUGACAUGGAAGGAGAUGCUCACUUUUGAAUACCAUUUUAAGGGUGAUACUGACUCUGAAGUAGCUGAUUACUUCAAAAAUGUGGUAGGUGAAGAUUUUGAGGAGACAGGGUGGGUUUUCCAAAGAUUCUGUGAAGCCAUGAGGGAUUUAUCUCUAAAGAUUUUUAAACUCUUGGCAAUAAGCUUGAACUUAGAAGAUACUUCAUACUGUGAGAAAUUUUUUGAGGAUGGUUUUGCAGUCUUGAGAUGUAACUACUAUCCAGUUUGCCCGGAAUCUGGCCUUACCUUUGGCACUGGCCCUCAUUGUGACCCGACCUCUUUAACAAUACUUCAUCAAGAUCAAGUUGGAGGGCUUGAAGUAUUUUCAAAUGAAAAAUGGUAUUAUGUCAAGCCUCAGCCUGGUGCUCUUGUGAUUAACAUCGGUGACACCCUCAUGGCAUUAACCAAUGGAAUAUACAAGAGUUGUCUGCACAGGGCUGCGGCAAAAAAUGACAGAGACAGGAUAUCAUUCGCCUACUUUAUUAGCCCAAGGCAGGACAAGCUGGUUUCGCCCAUAAAAGAUCUUAUUGCUAGAGAAGGCUCAAAGAAAUACCCUGAUUUCAAAUGGGAACAACUUUUAGACUUCACCCAAGUCCAUGAUCGCACUGAUGAUACUACCAUCAAACGCUUCGUGGAAUUCCUUGAGUCAUCGGAAACCAAAUAA